AGUAAAGUACCGACAAUGAAGUGUCGAGCGUUCGUACCAACAUUCGUUGUGUCCGAUGCAUGGUUCGAAGUCGUGUCGCGUUCAAUCGUGUUUCACAUCUUCUCCGUUAUCUCGUAUCCCGAGUUUUCGACACGCGUGAGUACCGGGAGUGUUUCGAGAGUGUCGAAAACGAAGGGUCGCGCGUUCGUGUCAAGUGCGAAUCGUUGUAAGGAGGACCUUGGAUCUCAAACAUAUGUUCGACAGCUGCGGCCGAAACGGAGCUGGACGGAGCAACCAUCAGCGGCGAACGUUGUAGGUUAUGUCAGAGCACGGACGGAAAGCUCGUCGCGCGAUUUGUUUGUCGCGCAGCCCCGAAAAAGUAUGGCGAUGUGGGAGAGCGAUAAGUUCCAAGAGGACGAUAAUGCAGACGGUAUCGGGGGUAAUUUCGACAAUAUCCUGGUGACGCAUGAUCUGCAGGAUUGCCUCGAUGAUACCUUGGAUCUGUCCAGCUUUGAAAAGGUCUACGAGCAGAGCGCGGUGUUCGAUUACUCCGAUAGGUACUCCGACGACGACACUGCUAUUAACGAGGGGCUACCUGUCGAUGACAACACGACCGAUCAUAUCAAUCACAUCAGUCCAAAUGAGAUUUACAUGCGAAUUCACCAAGGUCAGGAUGAUGCAUUUUUUGAAGAGCAUGCAACUACUCACGAAACUGUUGCGAUUGAAAGUAUGGAUCCAGAUAAUAAUCAGAAGCAUAUCAAUCGCUACAAUUGCCAAUACGAAGGAUGCACUAGAACAUAUAGUACCAUUGGAAAUUUACGUACUCAUAUGAAAACACACAAAGAUACUGCAAGAGAUAGGUACACCUGCAAUCUUUUUAUGCGGAGGGAAUUCUCAAAACUUUCAGGCGAGUAUCGAUUUAAAUGCGCAGAGCCGAGUUGCGGCAAGGCCUUUCUCACGUCCUACAGUCUAAAGAUCCACAUUAGGGUACACACAAAAGUAAAACCGUUCGAAUGCAAUUACAAAGGCUGCGAGAAAGCGUUCAAUACCCUUUACAGACUGAGAGCUCACCAAAGAAUUCAUAGUGGCAACACAUUCAACUGUGAAGAGACUGGAUGCGUUAAAUUCUUCACUACUCUAAGCGAUCUCAAGAAACAUAUACGUACUCAUACUCAAGAAAGACCGUACAAAUGCAGAGAAAAGGGUUGCGGAAAAGCCUUUACAGCUUCACAUCAUUUAAAAACGCACAAGAGGACACAUACUGGUGAACGACCGUACGUCUGUACUUUUGAAAAUUGCAAACGACGUUUCACUACUCCUCAUAGCUUAAAGAGCCACAUAAAAACUCAUAACAAAACUGUGAAUAAUGAUACGAAGCAUAAAAAUAAUAGAAGUGAUGAUAUGGCUGAGAAGCAAAGAAUGUUAACUCAAUUAGAAUUAAAACUUGUAAAAGUGAGCGCGAGCAACACCACUAUACCAUCGUAUGCUGUUAUACCAAUAUCUACAGGUUUAGUGCAAAAUGAUGGAAACAUGUCAAACGUGUCUGUGAAAAAUGCAGAACAAGUAACUCCUACUAAUGUAAUGGAUAUAAUAACUCAUCGUAAGUUAGAUGCAAAACUCAAUUAUAUUUCUACCAAAGACAAAGAGGAUUUGAAUGAAACUACUGGAGUUGCGCUUCUUGCAACGGAUAUCGUUUUAGAUAAUUUUAACGAUGCAAUCAGCGUUUUUAACAAUAAUGAAGACUAUAACGAAUUUAAAGUAUUUAAUGAAAUGACUGAAUCACAUGUACAGCAUGACAAUUUAAUAGAUGUAGCUGGGCAUCAAAAUCACCCGCACAAGUCAACUUCGUUACCGGAAGCGCAUAGUGAUAGUAUAGCUAGACAGGACCAAUCUGUCCCGAUAAACUUAGGACAGAAGAUCAUGCAAGAUGGUUUACAAAAUGCAAUAGCACAUAUUUCCGAAGGGGCAAGUUUCACUAGUAAUAUGAAACAGUAUAAAAAUAAAUCUAUUACUGCUUCCGAUAAUGUGUUCACAAACCGAUCAAAUGCAGAAAAUAUAUCUGAUAACAGCGAUGCGUUAUAUAGUGCCAAUUGCAUUACUAGUCAUAUUACUGAUAUUAUAAGUUCCUCAAACGAAGCCCACCUUUUCGAGAGUGGAAUGGAUACUCUCUCGUUCAUCAAUGACGCGAACUUACAAAAUGAGUCUCUUAUCACAGUUCCAAAUCAUAAUUUGCAUGCGAACGCUGUUACAAAUGCUCACUCCGAAGCCGUCGAAGCCGUUGAACUUGCGAUGGCGACCGAAGAGGAAUUGCAUUCCUCUUGGAUAGAUGUGAUGGCAUUGGCAACUGCACCUGCAUUGAGAGAACAACCUUGGUCGGAAUUAAAUGCCUUUCCUACGGUUCAUUCUUUAGUGGAUUUAGUAGGUCCAGACCCACUAGAGAUAGAGACUCAAUUGCAAUCUACGGAAAAUUUGAAAAAUGUCAACGCUACGAGUACAGAGAACGUUGAUAUUGUGCAAUGCCAAAAAAUUGCAGAAUAUGAGUAUAAGAUGGGUAAUGAAAAAAACAAGAAUAGAAAUGUUCUGCAGGAGAUCACGGCGGAUGCUGAUAUAUGUAAGUGUAUUGAUUGUAAAUGCAAUAAUUUGCAAAAUUGUCAGAAUUGCACAAAUAACCCGGCUGCAGAAGUUACGAAAAAAGACACGGUACAAAUUGUAAAUGACUUUAUGUCUUCGUUGCAAAAUAAAUGUUCCUGCAACGCCGAGUCCGGUGGUUGUGACUCUUGCUGUGUUGUAAUUUGUUUAAAGACACUGCAGCAGCUACAGAAAAUAUUUAGCAAUUGUUGUAAGAAUACUAGCAACGUUACAAAUACAUGUUGUAGGGAAAAGUUGUUACCAUCCUCGAUGAAGUAUCAAGUAGCCAGGAAUCAGUGAUUCAUAAAUAUUGUUUACUAAUUUUAACUAGUCACGCAAAAAAAAAAUAAUACUGUAUCUUUACGCUAAUCCCCCCAAAAAUUUGUGAUUUUACACCUGAUAGCUUUAAAUAUAGGCAAUUUUUGCCUUUUGAUUAUUUUAUUUAGGAUGAAUUGAGUAAAUGCGACUGUACAUACAUAUAUGUGCUAUAUCUGUUAAAGUCUGUUAAAGAGUUUCUACAUAUUCUAUAUAUAAUGUAUUCUAUACAUUAUUUUGUGCCAAAUACUUGUAGACUUUUUUACAAAAGUGUUUAUAUAUACAAAAUUCUUGUUGCAUAAUUUAUAAUAAUAAAAUAUUCACAAUUUCAAACUAAUUAUUUGUAAAAAGUAACUUCAAAAAGAAAUUGACAACUGGUGAUACACGGAUAUGCAAGAAAAAAAAUGCACAAUGCGCAAUUAUUUUUUAUACAAAUAAAUUAUUUUGACACAUGAACAAAUAUGUUAUAUAUACAUAUAUUCAAUUUUAUAACAUUUUGUGCAUCAUAAAAAUGGAUAGAUAGUAUACUUUUUGAUAUUCUGAACCGCAAAUAUAUGUUGUUUCUCGUAUCUACAAUAUUGUUGCUGAAGAACUUGUCACAAAUUUAAGAGCUUUGAAAAUAUGUAGAGCAUAUUAAUAUCUUUUUUUUAAUUUUUAUUUAUAAUAUAUAAAUACAAAAAUAAUGUAAUAAUAGUUGUACAUUUAAGAAUUUUAUUUAUUUAACUCUUGAAUAUAUGUUCCCAAAGCAUAGCGUUACCCUUAGAAAUAUUAUUCUUUAUCUAUUGUUGUUUGUGUACGCGAUAUCUAUGAGAAAAGGCUUUUUCUAAUGCAAGUUACUAAAAAAAAAACUUGAUAUUUCCUCUAAUCAGGAAGUGCCAAAUACUUAUAAACAUCCAAUGUAUUUAUAACGUUACUGCUGUGACGUUAUUAAGACACUAAGUUUUAGGUUUUAAUUAGAGUUUAGUGUUUUAUGUUGCAUUAUUGUAAUGAAUAGAACAACGUUAAUUUUUAACAAUUUUAGCGUGAAAUUUUUAUGGCUGUUAUAAGUACUUGCAAUAAAAUCAAUGUACCUAAAUAGCUUGUAAAUAGCAGCAUAUUAUGUUGUUAAUGAACAAAUAUAAAAAACUAACUCAA